AUGUCGUCCAUCGCAACCGCCCGAUCUGCCCCGGCGGGGGUCCCGGGUGCUGGCAAUGGCCGGACUGCUCCUGUCCUCGAAUUUAUUUGCCUGUUCACCCACGACCUCCGAAAGAAACACAAGCGUUGGGAAGAUGGCCGACUGAAGUAUCAUACAUUCAACAAGCGCAUCAUGGUUUAUGAUGUGAAGGGGCAUUAUGUCGGAGAUAUGCACUGGCGGCAUGAUUGGGACUUCGACGAAGGCGAGGAGAUUGAACUCGAACGCGGCGGUGUAAUCGUCCAAGUUGCUGAGUGCGUUGGCCGUCAGGAGCAGGACUUAUCAGAAUUGUUGGAUCGAAGGGCAAAGGAAAAGGAGCAACGGCAGCAACGAACGGUGUCAACUCCGACUGGCAGGCUUGUUUCUGGGCAUACCCCGUCUGCACUCAAAGACCACUUUCACACUCGACAUCGUCCUUUGACGGCCAUUCUUGGUAUGCCCACAGGUCACCAUGGGCGUGCAGUCAUACCUAGAGAGUCGCCGUUUGAGCUUCGACAAAGAGCGGAGCAGAUGGCCAACACGGAUAGUGAUCCGCGCCCAGCGAAAAGGAGAAAAUACGACAUCAUCCCCCCCAGCAAGACUGGCUAUGCACAACAUCUUUUUGGCGCAACGUUGACAUUAUCUGCCGUGCCCGUCAGUUCCGUUCCUCCCCGCUGUCCGGCAAGCCAGACGCAAAACGCCCAGCCAGAAGUUUCUACGAAUGCCCGAGAAGCCGGGACGACGGAAAGGAUGAGAGACGACCGAGAGCAAAAGCCUGUUGGAUUCGAAGAACGAGCGCUGAGUGGGCUCUCAGCCUUCCCACAGUCUGGCUUUCCGUCCAGGGGUGAAACAGGCGGCUUCUCUGGAAAGUUGUCCGAAUCGAAGAGAAAAUCCUCCCAACCGCAAGAAAAUAUAGGCACUAGAUCUGAGUUCGUUGAACCAGGCACGAGCAAGGUUGACAAUUGUGAAAGAACAAUCAAUCCCAGGAUGUCGACGAAGACGACUUCUGAUUUGGUCACCUCGCACUUUACUAUUCUUCCUGAUGGUCAGCAUUCCACAAACGAACACGUCUAUCAGACCAAGAUAUCAGCGGUCAAGCCCGGGGUCGAGCGGCAUCCUGCAGUGUCACUUUCACAUGGGGCAUCGGCUUCUCAGGCUAUCGUACUCGACGACGAGUCAGAUUCUGACGCGUCAGAAAGUGCUAAUCUCCCUCAGCAGAUCCAUGGCAAGGAGAAAGAGGAGGAAAAGAAAGCAAGCCAAUAACUCGCCAUUGCUCAUAGGUCUUCGACCAUCACAUCGUCUAACCUCAUCUCCUCGGCACAAGGCAUUGCGAAUCAAAUUCCCAGAGAAGCGAAAGAUGCCGCUAAAGGCGACGGCAUUCUUGAUUCGUGCUCACGUGGGGAGGGAGCUCAGAAUCUGCCAGAGUCUUCUGCUCCAGCACUGGAUUUAGAAACAACACCAGAACCCGCAAACAGCCCCAAAGAAAUCGAGCAAAGUAAACCGAUCCAUCUGAUCGAAGAGCCUGCUUCUGAACAUACCAACUGUGGAAGCCCGACUGGCCCGGCCACCAACGUCAAUGCCUCCAACUGCCGCGACAAUGAAGAGGAGCUCAGUUCAAUCACAGCCGAGCCUUGCGAUGGCGGACAGGCCACAUCAUUCACUCCAACAACUUCUCUGCUGAUGGCGGGAAACAUCACCUGUAAUAACCAAGCGGAGGUCCAAUCUCCAACUGGUAAAAUGCAAAGUGCGUCAAAGGGUGGCAUGUCCACGCUCGAUGCCAACCAGGCGUUUUCGAAAGUUCUAUCGGUGUUGGCUCAACCAUCUGUCAGUAAUUUUACUGCUGCAAACGGUGGUACCGGUAUUAAUCGGCCAAGGAUCCCCAAUCCUGCAACACGAGGUCGCAAGGCUGCACUCAAGUCGGACGCAAUCGGCCUGGUCCCUCGUCCAGUCCUGCCACCGGAGCUACCAUCCUUCGCGAUGAGAUCAACGGGAAGUGGGUGGGCAGGUCAGCCUGUUGCUGAGGAACGGUCGAAACGCAAGAUGAUGUUUCCUGGAUUUGUCUCUGCUAGAGGAGGAGGGCCAUGGAGUCGCGAGGCGCACGACUUACUCGAAACUGGCCGUCCUGCAGGCUGA